AUGACACAAAGGAGUGAGAGGGACGACGAUGGAAGUGUUAGAUAUGUCACCCUUGGUUGUGCCCUUGGGGGAAAGGCUCGGAAUUGGACGAUGAAUGUCGACAAACCAUGCUCGACAGGAAAAACUGAUUGUAAGGUAAGGAUUAAUACCUUAGAAGUUGAGGGAAAGAUGCGGUUGACCAUUGUUAAUAAUACCCACAAUCAUGGACUGAGUCCCCAUAAAUCUCGCUUUUCUCGAUGUAAUCGCGAUGUUAGUGAGGUCGUAAAAAGAGUACUAGAUACUAACGACCUGGCUGGCAUCCGAAUGAACAAGAGCUUCGGAUGUCUUGUUGUUGGCUUGGGUGGUGCUGGAGCGCUUCAAGACUAUUUUUGUAGGAUGCAGUACAAGAAUCUCGGAUUCUUUGCCUUAAUAGAUUUAGAUGAUGAUGAGAGGUUAAAAAAUAUCUUUUGGGCAGAUCCACGCAGUAGGGCAGCUUAUCAAGAUUUUGGUGAUAUGGUCACAUUUGACACCACGUAUCUGACGAACCGAUACGGGAUGCCCUUUGCACCCUUUGUUGGUGUAAACCAUUAUGGCCAGUCGAUUCUCUUGGGUGCAGGGUUAAUUUCCAGUGAGGACACAGAGACUUUUAUAUGGUUAUUUCAAACUUGA